AUGCCUCCUCAAGCCGAUCCUACUCCGAGUGGAGUGCUAUUUGAAACCGACACCCAAACUCCAGACUUAGGUCUUGAUAAAGAUGUAUCGAUUUUAAAGAAAGCCAGACCUAGAAAAUAUGAAUACGUUUGGUUUAAUAUUAUGUGGUUCUUAUUCUUACACAUUGCCUCAGCUUACGGUAUUUAUUUAGUGUUCACUUCAGCAAAAUGGCAGACUAAUGUUUUUGCAUUCCUUGUACAUCUUUGUUGCGCUAUUGGUAUUGGCGCCGGGUCACAUAGGCUGUGGACACAUAGAAGUUUUAAAGCAAAAACUCCUCUCCGUAUUCUUCUUAUGAUUUGGCAGACUAUGGGUUUCCAAGACUGUAUAUUUGAAUGGGCUCGUGACCAUCGUACACAUCACAAGUACGCAGACACGGAUGCUGAUCCACAUAACGCUGAGCGCGGUCUUUUCUACUCACACAUGGGCUGGCUUUGUGUUAAGAAAUCCCCUGAAGUAUUAGAAGGUGGACGCCGGAUAGAACUAAAAGAUCUCUAUGAUGAUCCAGUCGUUAUGUUCCAGAAAAGGCAUUACUUGAAAAUGAUGCCAAUCCUGUGCUUCGUGUUUCCUACUAUCAUUCCCGUGUAUUUCUGGAACGAGACGUGGUUGAACGCUUUCCUAAUCCCCACAAUUCUGCGGUACACGUGCGGCAUUAAUAUAGUGUGGAGCGUAAACAGUUUUGCUCACGUCUUUGGCUACCGACCAUAUGACAAGUCGUUGAACCCACGAGAGAACAUCGCAGUAUGGAUGUUCUGUGUAGAAGGCUUUCAUAAUUAUCACCACACUUUCCCCUGGGACUACCGCGCGACUGAACACCCGAUACUUAAUAUGCUGACUCCAACAAUCAUGUUCAUUGACCUUAUGGCUAAGCUGGGACAAGCUUACGAUCUGAAAACGGUAACACCAGAAAUAAUCAAACAAAGAGCUCAACGUACUGGCGACGGCACACAUCAUCUGUGGGGUUGGGAUGAUCCCGAAUUUACAGAGAAAAUGAAGUUACGCUACGGAAUAACAAAUUCCGAGAGAAAAACAGCGUAA